AAAAACGCAAGCUGGCAAGGCUGGGUGCUGGCGCGCAAUACGUCCAGCAUUGCUCGUCAAAAUGCGACGACCAACCGCAUUACUGGUCAUCGGCGGCGCCGUCGCGCUCGUGCCGCGCGCCACGCCGGCGAGGCCGCGGACCAGGCUGCAGGCCUCCCUCGACAGCUUCCUGGCCGACCGGAGCGCCGCCAAGCUGUUCUACGACGGUGUGACGGACGGCGCGCUCAAGAGUUACGCUGGCGACGCGUUGCCGGACAACUCGCUCGACGACCAGAAGAAGAUUUCCGCGCUCGUCGACUACAUGCACACCGAGUUGAUGAAGAAGUCCAUGAUGGCCGACUACACCGAUGAAGCGGCGCCGCUCGGCGAUGAAUUUGACGACUUCAUCGAAGAGGGCCGGAAGAUGCUGGCCAUUUCCCACUCGAGAGUUUGUGGCGGUUCUGAUGAAGUGGCAGUGUCGGAGACGGUGUGGCCCGCUUUGGCUGAACUAUUUAAAGAUGAAAAAGAAGAUAGUGGUAUUCUUUGUUUGUUGCCCGAUUUCAAUUCAGACCCUGCUACUUUCUUAGAUCAGGAGGUCGUCGAGCCGUUGUCGCAGAUGGGCUUCGGGGAUCGCCUCGAGGCGUGCGUCUACGCGAAGAAGGACGGCGCGCCGCACAAUUCGUUUCGCAUCAUCGUGUCGCCCUCGGCCGUGCCGGCGGACGCGCCGAACAAAUCCGACGACAAGGACACGAUGAGCGCGGCCGACGCCGCGGACGAGGAAGCCGGUAGGAGCGGGGAAGGGAAAGUAAUCUAAGUUAACAUACA